AAAAAAGGUUAUAAAUAGGUGUGAGUAUCCCCGUCCAGAAUUCAUCAUCAAUUGUAGUUGGCUUAUUCCAAACACUUACUAUUGUUGAUUUGUUAUUCUAAUUACUAGCAUUGCCCAUUAUCAUGAACAACACUGUUGCUAUUAUUUACUACUCUACUCACGGCCAUGUUGGCAAACUCGCAGAGGCUGAGAAAAAGGGUAUUGAAGCUGCUGGUGGUAAGGCAGACAUUUACCUACUCCCCGAGAUUUUGUCUGAUGAAGCUUUGAGCAAGAUGCAUGCCCCUAAGAAACCCAAUUACCCCGUUGCUACACCAGACACUUUGACUAAAUACGAUGCUUUCCUCUUUGGCUAUCCCACUCGCUAUGGUACCCCUUGCGCUCAAUUCCGUGCUUUCUGGGAUGGUACCGGUGGUCUUUGGGCUAAAGGUGCCUUGCAUGGAAAAUACUUUGGUCAGUUCUUCUCAACUGGUACUCAAGGAGGUGGUCAAGAAACCACUGGCUUCACUGCCUUGACUAGCUUUAUCCACCAUGGUAUGAUCUUUGUUCCUUUGGGUUACAAGAACACCUUUGCUAUUGCUUCUGAACUCGAUUCCCCCCAUGGCGGCUCUUCUUAUGGUGCUGGUACCUUUGCUGCCGCUGAUGGCAGUCGCUUUCCUUCUGAAAUAGAAUUGAAGGCUGCAACUAUUCAAGGUGAAACUUUCUACCGCACUGUUUUCCGUAUCUAAAACAGCUUUACAUUCCUGUUUCAGAGCAUACGAACGAAUUUAUGUUCUACGUCUACUUUUGUGAUUACCUGACUUAAAUAGUCCUAAAUCAAUAUUUGCAUUAUUAAUCUCUAAUCUUUCGAAACUAUAAAAGCUAUAGCUUUGAUUCCAACGUAGAUAAUCCAUG